GCCAGCUGCGCUGUUCAUGGGGCGCUUCACCGCUUCCGGGUCUCGUCGUUAGCGGGUGUGAGAGCAGCAGGGCUUCGAUGACUGACUAGUGUGAAUUUCCCGGAGAUCUGCGUUAGCUGCGAGUCUCUGCACUGAUCAGGUGUUUGUCCCCCGCGAGAGAAGAGCGAUGGGCUUCCGAAAGAAGAGCAAGAGUCCUCCCGUGCUGAGCCACGAGUUUGUGAUCCAGAAUCACGCGGAUAUGGUGUCGUGUGUGGCCAUGAUCGUCCUGCUGGGGCUCAUGUUUGAGGUGACGGCAAAAUAUGCGAUCAUGUUCAUCACAGUCCAGUAUAAUGUCACACAAACCCUGGAUACGGAUGCAGAGGACAAGCCUGAGCCUUUCAGCUACUACAAAUACGGUCCCAAGGACAUGGCAACGGUCUUCUUUUACCUGCUCAUUGCCAUAAUCCUUCAUGCCCUGAUUCAAGAGUACGUACUCGACAAAAUCAAUCGCCGACUUCAUUUGUCCAAAACAAAGCACAGCAAGUUCAAUGAGUCGGGCCAGCUGGCCACCUUCUACUCGUUCUCCUUCAUUUGGGGCUGCAGCAUCCUCACCAAUGAGGAGUUUGUGACAAAUCCAACUUUUCUUUGGGAAGGUUAUCCUCAUAUCCACAUGGCUUUCCAAGUGAAGUUUUUCUAUAUCUGUCAGAUUGCCUACUGGUUCCAUGCUCUUCCUGAGCUGUAUUUUCAGAAAGUACGAAAGGAGGAUAUUCCACGCCAACUGUACUACAUUUGCCUUUAUAUAUUUCACAUCACUGGUGCCUAUGUCCUCAAUCUCCACCGCCUGGGUCUGGUUCUUCUGGUGCCACAUUAUCUGGUAGAGCUGCUCUUCCACGCCUCGCGACUCUUCUACUUCAGUGAUGAAAACAAGCAGAAAGGGUUCACACUCUGGGCUCUGCUGUUUGUCAUCACACGCCUCCUGACGCUCACCGUUUCUGUCCUGACGUUUGGUUUCGGCCUGUCCCGCACUGAUAAUCAGGGAUUCUCUUUAGCAGAAGGAAACUUUAAUGUGCUGACUGUCAGGAUGACAUGCCUGUCAGCCAUCUGCCUGACCCAGGCCUGGAUGAUGUGGAAAUUCAUCAAUUUCCAGCUGAAGAAGUGGAGAGAACAAUCUCAAAUCCAGGCCAGCAAGAAGAAAGCUGUCAGCCCAAAAAGCAGACCCAGCAAGAAGGACUCACGAGGGGGUUCAGUCAAUGGAGUCAUGAAACCAGAUGACAAGACGUCGCCAAGAGCAAGAAAAUCUAAAGCCUCGUAAGAGGACAGAGAGAGCAGCUGCCCGAAAUGUGAUGCUCUGUUUCCACUCUGAACUUUAGACGAGAAACAGAUUUGAUAACUGCAAAAAGAACCACAGAGACAAACUAAGAACUUCGUUGUAUGGCACAUUCAGGUUUUAUUGAUCUCCUGUUUUUCUGGUCUGCAUCUUAAAAAUUAACUAUAGAUUUAUAAUCAAUCAUUAUAUCCAUUUGCUUGUGACUUUUAGCCAGACUGAGAGGUUUUCUGAGGGUUGACGUGAAGAGUAGAGGUUGCAUCUUCACUCACUUGUUGAGUUUUGUGGUUUGUUGAGUCCAGGAUCUGCAUGACAAAGUCUGUCUUGCUCAGAAGAUGAAGCAUUUAUCCGGCCCUGAACACAACUAAACCCUAUUCAGCACCAUUUCUGCGCUUCUUAUGAAACACACAGUGUGGACAGAAGCUUUUGAGAAGUGUCCUUUGUUAAUUGUUAACCUUUAGACCCUCGGUGAACCCUGAACGCUACUAUGAAGCUCAGUGAGCAACUACAAAGAGGCUGAGGUGGCGAAGGACUGCUACACAACGUAGAUUUCAAACGAACUUAGCUGUGUGAUUUUACAUUUUGAUACUGAGAGCAGGCAGAACUGAUUUUAGCAUCCUGUUUGUGUGUGAAUGUCAUUUGAGGAGAAUCAUUUUAUAAUUGUUUGUAGCGUCUAUGUUUGUGAGAGCGCCCCCUGCAGGCUUGGAUGAUGCUGACAACUAGUUUGAGGGUGUGGUUUUGGUUUUGUUUGAUUGCCAUCUGUGGAGUUUUUCAUGGACUGUGGUUGAGGUGAUUAAAUGAUGGCUCCCCCUGCAGGCUUGGAUGAUCUAUUUCUUUAAGGAAUGAAAUUAAGGGUUCACAUGCUCUCCCCAGGACUAAUAAAGAGCCCAACUGGCCAAGUUUGGUGCCUUGGUGCUUAUCAUGGCUACCUUAUGGUUACCAAUAUAAUCCGUAAUACGUGCGACAAUGGCGAUACCGCUUGUGAUAAGCCUUGGAGCUCAUUAAAGAUUUUACUGUGACAUUGUGUUAGUGUGGAUUUUAUCUUGAACGUUGUAAAAGCCAACCUUUUGUUUCAAAUGAAUGGAAAAUCUGAGCGCAGGAGAACGUCCUGCUCCAGUUAAAUUGAGGGUUUGCCAUGAGUUUUACAGAUGUUUAUGAAGCCCUGAAUCUCUGAUGUGAAGAGUGUUGGAACAUCACUUUUUCAACACGUUGUGGCCUUUUUCCUUACAUCUGAGUGAUCAGCUUCGGUAUCUAUCACCUAUAACUCUGAUAACCAUGCUCGACCGUGUCUGUCAGCAUGCGGUGUGUAGUUUAUAUGAAACCAUACGAUUCUUUAAGUGUCCUUAAGCUAACGACAGUAAACGUUGCGUUCUUUCUCAGUUUGAGCACCAUUGAGUUCUCUUUGCAUCUGUGUUGUGUUUAUUAGUGUGAUGAGAGAGUUUGAUAUCUUUUCCCUCACUGAAAUGCCGUGAUCGUGUGCAUGUUGCGAACUGUGAAAGAAUUGCCUCACUUGAAGCAUUUGAUGAUGCCUAAUAGCAGAAAUAAAACAGUAGGCAUGGAAUCGAAAGUGGCGGUUUGUUAAACAGUUUUUUACUUAUUUUUUUCUAUAAACAAGUGUGAAAGCAAGACAAACUGCCAGUUUAUUACUUUAUUUUAUGAACCCUGUUUUCACAGGGAUUAUACAGAUUCAUAUACACGCAUGUGCUGUGUAUCAGUUGCCAAAUUAUAUGAAAGGGACUUGCCGCGCUCUCCCAAUUACUUUGGUGUUGUCUGUACAUAAUAGAAAUCAUCCUUGGUUCUCGGUACAGUUUGUAGGUCAAGUGCCUAAAUCUGGCUGCAGAACUGGGUCGAUCUGAGUCACGUAAGUUUGCUUUAGUUCGGUACAUUCGUGAAAGAGCCCAGAGAUUUCACAGAGACUUUCACAGUGACUUUGUAACACUCAGAGGUCAUUUUCAAUUCAGGGUUUUAAAACUACAAUCUGUAAUUGCCUUUAGUGACGCUUAAUAACAUGUGUUGAAACGACACAGACGCCUCCAUAUACACCUGUACGGAUACGGCUCGCACGUAUUUAAAAAAAAAUAAAAUAAAAAAUAAAUCUUAAGCUUUGUUUGCAAUGCAAAGCUAAUUCUUGAAAUUCAAGUUGGUGCUGGUUCUUCUCUAACAGAUGUUGUGUUUGAGGUCUGGAGGACUGAACAGAGGAGUAACUUAGGUUAAAUAAAUAAAAUCUCCCAUGUUUACACAAAAAUGAUAUUGAUUUAGUUUUUGUUCCAAACCUCUAAUUAACCCCCAUUUCAAAGUAGAAUGCUUUGUUUUUCCUCACAUCGUUCAGGAUUUGUCAAGAGGAAACCUUUUUUUAUUUUUGUUUGGUUUUGGGUUUUUGUUUUGUUUUCCAUUUUGUUUGCUGACUGAUGUUUGGCAAACGAAACAUGAAAGGAAAAUAAUUAUAUAGAGUAAUUCACUACUGAAUAAUUGUCAGAUUUUUAAACUAUUUUUAUAGCGUUGAACUGUUGAGAGAUGAACAUUAUUUAGAGCAUAUAAAUAUUUUACUGCUUUAUGGGUUUAUUAUUUUUAUACUGUGUGGGAGAAGCUUUCUACCAUUUCAGUGGGACUGCAAAUGACUUCUAGUGGCUAUAAAUAUUGUGAAAAGAUUAGUGCCGCUGUCCCUGAUUUGUCACUGUUUGCUUUGUGUUUUCAAUUUGGGGUAUGAGCAAGUUAUUAAAGUCUGUAAUCUGUAUGGUAAGUCUUCAUUUUGUUUUUUAUUUUUGAGUAGUGGGAUUCUAGUGGAUAAAAACAAAGUAAUGAGAAUAAACUUCACACACUCCCAUUGUUCUGUCAUGUAAGAGACUAAUGGAUAACUGUGGUGAUUUGAUGUGGCUUAAUUGUUUUCAUUUUGUGUAUAUAAAUGUAAAUGGAAGAAAAAAUAAUCACAGAAUACAUGUUUUUACAACAUCAUUUGAAGUGAUCAGUCAUCACCAUAAUUAUUGCUAUAUGUCAAAUUGAAAAGAUGCACCAAAGCCUUCUGGAAUAUCAGAUACACAGAACCUAUAUUAUUUUUCACCAUGCUUUACAUAGUACAAGCACUGUUGCUUUUCUAAUGCUUGCCUGUAUGUUCAGAUAUAUUGGUUUAUAUAUAUAUAUGUUAUUAAUAUAUGUAUUUAUGCAAGUCUGUGUGAUGCUUUUUGUAUGUUUGUCCUUUGAUUAAAUCUUUUGCUUAA